AUGGCGACACGGAGCAGCAGGAGGGAGUCGCGACUCCCCUUCCUCUUCAUCCUGAUAGCGCUGCUGCCGCCCGGGGCUCUCGGCGAGGUCUGGCCGCAGACGCUGCCCGGCGGCCGCGCGCCCGGGCCCCAGGAUCGGGGCUUCCUCGUGGUGCGGGGCGACCCGCUCGAGCUGCGGCGUGGGGCGCGCGGGGCGCCCCGGGGGGCGGACGAGAAGCCGCUCCGGAGGAGACGGAGCGCUGCCCUGCAGCCCGAGCCUAUCCAGGUGUACGGACAGGUUAGUCUGAAUGAUUCCCACAAUCAGAUGGUGGUGCACUGGGCCGGAGAGAAAAGCAACGUCAUCGUGGCCUUGGCCCGGGACAGCCUGGCGUUGGCGAGGCCCAAGAGCAGCGAUGUGUACGUGUCUUACGACUACGGAAGAUCAUUCAGGAGAAUCUCAGAGAAGCUGAACUUUGGUGAGGGGAACAGCAGCGAAGCUGUGAUCGCCCAGUUCUACCACAGUCCUGCGGACAACAAGCGUUACAUCUUUGCAGAUGCUUAUGCCCAGUACCUCUGGACCACGUUUGACUUCUGCAACACCAUCCAAGGCUUCUCCAUCCCAUUCCGGGCAGCUGACCUCCUCCUGCACAGCAAGGCCUCUAACCUUCUCCUGGGCUUUGACAGGUCUCACCCCAACAAGCAGCUAUGGAAAUCAGAUGAUUUUGGCCAGACCUGGAUCAUGAUUCAGGAACAUGUGAAGUCCGUUUCUUGGGGAAUCGAUCCCUAUGACAAGCCAAACACCAUCUACGUUGAACGGCACGAACCCUCUGGCUACUCCACAGUUUUCCGAAGUACAGACUUCUUCCAGUCCCGGGAGAACCUGGAGGUGAUCCUGGAGGAAGUGAGGGACUUCCAGCUGCGGGAUAAGUACAUGUUUGCCACAAAGGUGGUGCAUCUCUUCGGCAGUCUGCAGCCAUCCUCUGUCCAGCUCUGGGUCUCCUUUGGCCGCAAGCCCAUGCGAGCAGCCCAGUUUGUCACAAGAUAUCCUAUUAAUGAAUAUUACAUUGCGGACGCCUCCGAGGACCAGGUGUUUGUGUGUGUCAGUCACAGUAACAACCGCACCAACCUGUACAUCUCGGAGGCAGAGGGGCUGAAGUUCUCGCUGUCCUUGGAGAAUGUGCUCUAUUACAGCCCGGCAGGGGCAGGCAGUGACACCUUGGUGAGGUAUUUUGCAAAUGAACCAUUUGCUGACUUCCACCGCGUGGAGGGGUUACAGGGAGUCUACAUUGCUACUCUGAUUAACGGUUCCAUGAAUGAAGAGAACAUGAGAUCAGUCAUCACCUUUGACAAAGGGGGGACCUGGGAAUUCCUUCAGGCCCCAGCCUUCACGGGAUAUGGAGAGAAAAUCAAUUGUGAGCUUUCCCAGGGCUGCUCCCUCCAUCUGGCCCAGCGGCUCAGCCAGUUGCUCAGCCUCCAGCUCCGAAGGAUGCCCAUCCUGUCCAAGGAGUCGGCACCCGGUCUCGUCAUCGCCACGGGUUCAGUGGGAAAGAACUUGGCAAGCAAGACAAACGUGUACAUCUCCAGCAGUGCUGGAGCCCGGUGGCGAGAGGCUCUUCCUGGACCUCACUACUACACAUGGGGAGACCAUGGUGGGAUCAUCAUGGCCAUCGCCCAAGGCAUGGAAACCAAUGAGCUGAAGUACAGCACCAACGAAGGGGAGACCUGGAAAACAUUCAUCUUCUCCGAGAAGCCGGUGUUUGUGUACGGGCUCCUCACGGAGCCUGGCGAGAAGAGCACUGUCUUCACCAUCUUUGGCUCCAACAAAGAGAACAUCCACAGCUGGCUGAUCCUCCAGGUCAAUGCCACGGAUGCCUUGGGGGUUCCCUGCACAGAGAACGACUACAAGCUGUGGUCCCCGUCUGAUGAGCGGGGCAGCGAGUGUCUGCUAGGGCACAAGACUGUUUUCAAACGAAGGAUCCCCCAUGCCACGUGCUUUAACGGAGAAGACUUCGACCGGCCGGUGGUCCUGUCCAACUGCUCCUGUACCCGACAGGACUAUGAAUGUGACUUCGGCUUCAAGAUGAGUGAAGAUUUGUUAUUAGAGGUUUGUGUUCCGGAUCCUGAGUUUUCUGGGAAGUCACACUCCCCUCCUGUGCCUUGUCCUGUGGGUUCUGCUUACAGGAGGACCAGAGGCUAUCGGAAGAUUUCUGGGGACACCUGCAGUGGAGGAGAUGUUGAAGUACGCCUGGAAGGAGAGCUGGUGCCGUGUCCUUUGGCAGAGGAGAACGAGUUCAUCCUGUACGCCAUGCGCAAGUCCAUCCACCGCUACGACUUGACCUCCGGAGCCACUGAGCAGUUGCCUCUCACCGGGCUGCGGGCAGCGGUGGCCCUGGACUUCGACUAUGAGCGCAACUGCUUGUAUUGGUCUGACCUGGCCUUAGACAUCAUCCAGCGCCUCUGUUUAAACGGGAGUACAGGGCAAGAGGUGAUCAUCAGUUCUGGCCUGGAGACAGUAGAAGCCUUGGCUUUUGAACCCCUCAGCCAGUUACUUUACUGGGUGGAUUCUGGCUUCAAAAAGAUUGAGGUGGGGAAUCCAGAUGGCGACUUCCGACUCACGAUUGUCAAUUCCUCUGUGCUUGACCGGCCCAGGGCUCUGGUCCUCGUGCCCCAAGACGGGGUGAUGUUCUGGACCGACUGGGGGGACAUGAGGCCUGGCAUUUACCGGAGCAACAUGGAUGGUUCGGCUGCCUAUCGUCUUGUGUCAGAGGAUGUGAAGUGGCCCAAUGGCAUCACCGUGGAUGAGCGGUGGAUCUACUGGACGGAUGCCUACCUGGACUGCAUCGAGCGGAUCACUUUCAGUGGCCAGCAGCGCUCUGUCAUCCUGGACAACCUUCCGCACCCUUAUGCCAUUGCCGUCUUUAAGAAUGAGAUCUACUGGGAUGACUGGUCACAGCUCAGCAUAUUCCGAGCUUCCAAAUACAGCGGGUCCGAGAUGGCAAUUCUGGCGAACCGGCUCACGGGGCCCAUGGACCUGAAGAUUUUCUACCGGGGAAAGACAACUGGAAGCACCACCUGUGCGUCCAGGCCGUGCAGCCUGCUGUGUCUGCCCAAGGCCAACAACACUAGGAGCUGCAGGUGUCCAGAGGGUGUGUCCGGCAGCACCCUCCCGUCCGGGGACUUGAUGUGUGAGUGUCCUCACGGCUAUCAGCUGAAGAACCACACGUGUGUCAAAGAAGAGAACACCUGUCUCCGCAACCAGUAUCGGUGCAGCAAUGGGAACUGUAUCAACAGCAUCUGGUGGUGUGAUUUUGACAACGACUGCGGGGACAUGAGCGACGAGAGAAACUGCCCUACUACCAUCUGUGAUCUGGACACACAGUUCCGCUGCCAGGAGUCUGGGACCUGUAUCCCACUCUCCUACAAAUGUGACCUUGAGGAUGACUGUGGCGACAAUAGCGAUGAAAGUCACUGUGAAAUGCACCAGUGCCGGAUUGACGAAUACAGUUGCAGCUCUGGCAUGUGCAUCCGCUCCUCCUGGGUGUGUGACGGGGACAACGACUGCAGGGACUGGUCUGACGAAGCCAACUGUACUGCCAUCUAUCACACCUGUGAGGCCUCCAACUUCCAGUGUCACAACGGGCACUGCAUCCCCCAGCGGUGGGCGUGUGACGGUGACAUGGAUUGCCAAGACGGUUCUGAUGAAGAUCCAGUCAACUGUGAGAAGAAGUGCAACGGAUUCCGCUGCCCGAAUGGCACCUGCAUCCCGUCCAGCAAACACUGUGAUGGUCUGCACGACUGCUCGGAUGGCUCAGACGAACAGCACUGUGAGCCCCUCUGUACUCGCUUCAUGGACUUCGUGUGUAAGAACCGCCAGCAGUGCCUGUUCCAGUCCAUGGUGUGUGACGGCAUCAUCCAGUGCCGCGAUGGCUCGGACGAAGAUGCGGUGUUUGCGGGAUGCUCCCCAGGCCCCGAGUUCCACAAGGUGUGUGACGAGUUCAGUUUCCAGUGUCAGAAUGGAGUGUGCAUCAGUUUGAUCUGGAAGUGCGACGGGAUGGAUGACUGCGGGGAUGACUCUGAUGAAGCCAGCUGUGAAAACCCCACGGAGGCCCCCAACUGCUCCCGCUACUUCCAGUUCCAGUGCGAGAAUGGGCACUGCAUCCCCAACAGGUGGAAAUGCGACAGGGAGAACGACUGCGGGGACUGGUCUGAUGAGAAGGACUGUGCAGAUUCACAUAUUCUUCCCUCCCCUACUUCCGGGCCCUCUACGUGUCUGCCCAAUUACUACCGCUGCAGCAGUGGGGCCUGCGUGAUGGACAGCUGGGUGUGUGACGGGUACCGAGAUUGUGCAGACGGCUCGGAUGAGGAAGGCUGCCCCUCACCUGCAAAUGUCACUGCUGCCGCCACUCCCACCCAGCUCGGGCGAUGUGACCGAUUUGAGUUCGAGUGCCGGCAACCGAAGAAGUGUAUCCCCAGCUGGAGGCGCUGUGAUGGCCAUCAGGAUUGCCAGGACGGCCAGGACGAGGCCAACUGCCCCACGCGCAGCACCCUGGCCUGCACAGGCCAGGAGUUCCGGUGCGAGGACGGCGAGGCCUGCAUCGUGCUCUCCGAGCGCUGUGACGGCUUCCUGGACUGCUCGGACGAGAGCGACGAGCGCGCCUGCAGCGAGGAAUUAAAUGUAUACAAAAUACAGAAUCUUCAGUGGACAGCUGACUUCUCUGGGGAUGUAACUUUGACCUGGAUGCGGCCCAAGAAAAUGCCCUCUGCUUCUUGUGUGUAUAACGUCUACUACAGGGUGGUUGGAGAGAGCAUAUGGAAGACUCUGGAAACCCACAGCAAUAAAACGAACACAAUAUUGAAAGUCUUGAAGCCAGACACCACGUAUCAGGUCAAAGUCCAGGUCCAGUGUCUGAGCAAGGUGCACAGCACCAAUGACUUUGUGACCCUGAGAACUCCAGAAGGAUUGCCAGACGCCCCUCAGAACCUCCAGCUGUCGCUCCACAGGGAGGUGGAAGGAGUGAUCGUGGGCCGCUGGGCCCCUCCCGCCCACAGCCACGGCCUCAUUCGGGAGUACAUCGUGGAGUACAGCAGGAGUGGUUCCAAGAUGUGGGCCUCCCAGAGAGCUCUUAGCAACUCGACAGAAAUAAGGAACCUACUGGUCAACGCUCAGUACACCGUCAGAGUGGCUGCAGUGACCAGUCGGGGAAUAGGAAACUGGAGCGAUUCGAAAUCCAUUACCACCAUAAAAGGAAAAGUGAUCCCAGCCCCAGACAUCCACAUUGACAGCUAUGGUGAAAAUUCUCUAAGCUUUACCCUGUCCGUGGACACUGACAUCAAGGUGAAUGGCUACGUGGUGAACCUCUUCUGGGCGUUCGACACCCACAGACAGGAGAAGAGAACGAUGAACUUCCUAGGAAGCAUAUUGUCACACAAAGUUGGCAACCUGACAGCUCAUACAACCUAUGAGAUUUCUGCCUGGGCCAAGACCGACUUGGGGGACAGUCCUCUGGCAUUUGAGCAUGUCACGACCAGAGGAGUCCGCCCACCCGCCCCGAGCCUCAAAGCCAAGGCCGUCAAUCAGACGGCGGUGGAAUGCACCUGGACCGGCCCCAGGAAUGUGGUUUACGGCAUCUUCUAUGCCACAUCCUUUCUUGACCUCUAUCGCAACCCCAAGAGCUUGACUACGUCACAGCACAACAAAACAGUCCUUGUCAGUGGGGAUGAGCAGUAUUUGUUUCUGGUCCGGGUGGUGGCGCCCUACCAGGGGCCGUCCUCUGACUACGUCGUGGUGAGGAUGAUCCCGGAUAGCAGGCUUCCUCCCCGUCACCUGCACGUGGUUCAUACAGGCAAAACCUCCGCCGUCAUCAAGUGGGAAUCCCCAUACGAUUCUCCUGACCAGGACCUGCUAUAUGCAAUUGCAGUUAAAGAUCUAAUAAGGAAGAGUGACAGGAGCUACAAGGUAAAAUCCCGCAACAGUACCAUGGAAUACACCCUUAACAAGUUGGAGCCUGGAGGGAAAUACCAUGUCAUUGUCCAGCUGGGGAACAUGAGCAAAGACUCCAGUAUCAAAAUUACCACAGUUUCAUUAUCUGCACCUGAUGCCUUAAAAAUCAUAACAGAAAAUGACCAUGUUCUUCUGUUUUGGAAAAGCCUAGCUUUGAAGGAAAAGCAUUUUAAUGAAAGCAGGGGCUACGAGGUACACAUGUUUGAUAGUGCCAUGAAUAUCACAGCUUACCUUGGGAAUACUACUGACAAUUUCUUUAAAAUCUCCCACCUGAAGUUGGGUCAUAAUUAUACUUUCACUGUCCAAGCACGAUGCCUUUUUGGCAGCCAGAUUUGUGGGGAGCCUGCUGUCCUGCUCUAUGAUGAGUUGGGAUCUGGUGGGGAUGCAUCAGCGAUCCAGGCCGCCAGAUCUACCGACGUUGCUGCUGUGGUGGUGCCCAUCUUGUUCCUGAUACUGCUGAGCCUGGGCGUUGGGUUUGCCGUCCUGUACAUGAAGCAUCGGAGGCUGCAGAGCAGCUUCACCGCUUUUGCCAACAGCCACUACAGCUCCAGGCUGGGCUCGGCCGUCUUCUCCUCGGGGGAUGACCUGGGGGAGGACGAUGAAGAUGCUCCGAUGAUAACUGGAUUUUCCGACGACGUCCCCAUGGUGAUAGCCUAA